CAGAUCACUUUCAAUCAUAUACAGAGCCGCUUUCCGGGGCUAGCGAGGCAGAAUGGUUGGCUUGGGUAUUGGGAUAACGUGCACCCCUUGCAGUUUCAACUAACCGUUGCCUACGUCCUUGAUGCCUUUGCCCAGCUCGGCUGUGAUCUGCGUACGAUGGAACCUGGACGUGGCGUGCCCUCCAUCCAGGUGAGGUCGGGGCACGUUAAGCUCAAGCCUGCUCUGUAUGAGAUCCUACAGCAUGCAGGGGUCAUC